UUCUAGCUUGCUUACUUCAUAUCUGGAUUUACCGCUAACAAUAUUAAUUGCUUGUCAUAGUUGGCCAAUUAACCGUUUUUAAUCGAAUGGAGUUGUAAUUGGUUUAGUAGACUGAUUAACUAGUACUAGCGGAAUAUCGUAACGUUAACCGAGCUACAACGUUACCUAGCCAGCUCCUGGAACAAGUAUAGAACACGAUGUGAAAAUAGUUCUCUGGAUAGCUAGCUAACUUGUCCACUUGGCUAUAACGAUAGCGUAACUAUCUUACUUGUUAAUGCUAGAUUUGUUUCAAGUUAAUUGUGAAGUUAUAGUCAGGGUAACAGAAACGAAGUUGUUUGGAACGAAACUUUUACUUUGUACUUUGCUAACCUAUCCUUCGCUAUAGCCAGUUAGUUUUCCGAUGCACCCAGCUGUCGCGUAAGGCAAUCGCCUGUUGUGUCGAAAUGUAUUGUAUCAAGUGUAUUUGCGUUCUCGUUUUUGUAUGAAUACGCAGGUUAUUUUGGCUAACGUUGAGUAAUCUGACUUUAUGACAGACACCACGAUUGCAUAAAACAAGCUUAUGGUUGCCGCUAUUAUGUUUUUCAUGCAUGCUAGAUGAGUGUCUAGUCUCGAUGAUGGCCUGAAAAUGUAGCUUUCUGCAAGAAGGUUUGGUCCUGCUCGGACCCGUUCAACUGGCGUGCCCCGACAAUCUGUGCUCUCGGACUAGAGACAGAGAGGCUCUGCACUUCCCUGACAUGAAGAUGGCAGACACGGAGAAGGCUGAGGAAUUUGCAGACUCAGAGACCCCACCAGAGCACCCUACGGAAGGAUCGGCGGCGGCUUGCGUGGCCGGCGCAGGACAGGACGAGCCUGUUAAGACGGAGACAACCUCCCCUUCUGAGAAGGAGGUUGGCAGCCCCUUGCAGUCGGAGCCCAGCCUGCUGUCCAUGCCCUGCCUGCUGAUGGAGCUGCGGAGAGACUCCCCGGAGUCCCAGCAGGCCUCCACAGAGAGCGAGAAGCAGCCUUCCUCCGGGCGAGCCUACGAGAGCGACUCCUCCAACCCCUGCAUGCUCUCGCCGUCCUCCAGCGGCCACCUGGCAGACUCGGACACGCUCUCCUCCGGGGACGAGGCCGCCAGCGCGCGGGCGGGGGGCGACGGCGGCGCCGUCGAAGAGGGGGACCCCAGCGCGGCGGCCGGGGGCCCCGCCGCCGCAGGCGCCAGGAAGUCCAGGCGGUUGCGGUCCGAGAGCGAAAUGUCCAGCGCAAUGGCGGCAAAGAAGAACCGCUGCCAGCCAAGCGGGGCGGAGAAGCAGCCCAACGGCCGACUAGCCAAGGUGAAGGGUCACCAGAGCCAGAAGCACAAGGAGCGCAUGAGGCUGCUGCGGCAGAAGAGGGAAGCGGCGGCCCGUAAGAAGUACAACCUGCUGCAGGACAGCAGUACGAGCGACAGCGACCUGACCUGCGACUCCAGCACCAGCUCCUCGGACGACGACGACGAGGUGUCAGGGAGCAGCAAGACAAUCACCACUAACAUCCCAGAUGGGCCUCCAGUAAUUGCACACUGUGAUAUUUCAGACACUAAUUCUGACCAGGAGGCCUUAAGUGUGGACAAUCUGCUUGCAGCUGCUGUAGCUCAGGAGCUAGAAACAUUCAGAACCCAGGAUUUGGGAGCAAAUUCUUUGGCAGAAAGAGGGCAUCUUGGUUCAGGAUCCCAAACAGGUCAUGCAGAGGCAGAGUUUGCACAAGGCGACACGCCCACAUGUGGACCUCUUCAGAUCAAUGAGGAAAUCAACAUCCCUUCCUCGGAUAGCGAGGUGGAAAUUGUUGGCGUGCAAGAAAACACGAGAUGCAUCCAUCCCCGAGGAGGUGUGAUCCAGAACAUGUCGUCCUGGAAACAUGGCCCGGUUGCCCAGUACAACAGCACAAGGCAGUCGCACCUGUGGACAGCAGUCUCACCCCAGCCCAACUGGGUGUCCCCGCCAGAAGUGGUGGACCUCACUUUGGACGAGGACGCCAGGCGCAAAUACCUACUGUGAGCGAGCGAUGCACUGAUGAGCCUGUCCCCCUCGCGGUGCGCUGAAGAAAUCCCCCCCCCCCCCCCCUCCGGCCCCCUCCUGGAGGCCCUCCCUGGUGUUACAGACAAACUUGUAACUUGUGGACACUUCCUUUUCUGAGUGCUGUCUAUUUUUACCUUACUGUCAAAUCUUGUGUACAAGACCGUUCCUUGCUUUUGCCUGGAGUUUGUUUCUUAAGAUGGUCGUGUGAUAAUCAGAGACAUACUUAUGCACAAGAUUUUAUGGUAAAUAUAGCAAUAUUGUUUUUUACCUCUCUGACCCAGAGGCAUGUUUUUCAGUAGGCAUUAUUUAAACAAGCUAUAAAGUAAAUAUAAUGACUUAAAGUUGCUGCAUUUUAAAGACUUGCAAGGCUUCUGAAAAGUUGUAGAUUUGUUCAGGGGCUAUAAUCCUUAAGAUUUGUCAAAGUUCUGUCUUGAUUCCAACCUUAGUUAAUGUUGGAUUGUUUUUAUAGACUUAUUGCUGCUUGCUCACUACUGAUACUCUGUCAUUGUUGCAUCAUCAGUGAUUUGUUUUGAAUAUUAAUUGGCAGCUGUGAUGUUUCAUAUAACCUCUGAGAGCACCUCUGGCUUUAUAGUCACACAUUAUCAGUGUUAGUCGACAUUCAAGGGUGGUACAUUUGUUUAGUUUCUUAAGCCCAGUAACAAAGUUCAUACUGUCCCCAGCAAUAAGUGGAUGCAAUUUCCACGUACAAACCUAGGUUGCUCCAUGGGAUUCAGUGGCACUUCACUCAUUUUUGUUUUGCAAGGAAUGUCAUGUCAUAAAUAGUGUAGAAUUCCACUUUUCCAGAUUUUUCUAGUCAUCCUUGUAACAGUGCUGUAGUGUGACAAUAGCCUAUAUGCGUAAUACAUACUGCAUAUACUGUAAGGAGAGAGAGGUGGACAGACAGACACGGUAAUCCAUUGUGCUGUUGAAUUUCUCCAGAAUUGAGUUGUUUGAUUUAGUCAGUAAUAUAGUUCGCUAUAAUGUUUUUGUGCUUCCAGAAUAACCAUGUAGUCCAUCACCAUAUGCUUUUUGCAGACUCACAGCACCUCCAUCAGCGCAUGGAGAACAUGGCUUCCCGUGUGUGAGGUCUGCAUGUCAGGGCUCUAAGUGCUCCUUGCCCAAGACGGCACUGUUGAUGUCACAAUCUCAGAACAUGACUGAAGUCAUAGAUUUGUAGACCACUUGUGAAUUGCCUUGAUGAAAGGGAUCCAAAAAUUGCACAAGAAUUUCACAGCAAAUAAACGGCAAACGUUCAUUUCACUACUGCAGCACCAGUCACGUGCUCUGCGUGGGUCUCCAUAUUGUUGUAAUAGAAACUGAUAAACACAUUUUCCUCUUCCAUUCAAUGGUUUUGCUUUUAGUCUAGAUGUUGAGUGAAAUGGCACAGCAGUUAUUUUUUAAAUCACUAUGGACGUGUUCACGUGCAUUUCAAACCGCCAACUCGGUGUAAGUACAACAGGAACGAAGCCAAGCUGUCUUUAAAAUGCCAGCGAGAAUGAUGAGCCUUCCUUCCGCUCCCUUAAUAACCCCCAUCCGUAACUGAAAAUAUUCUGGAACUUUCAUCAUAGAUUUAAUCGCAAAGCAUCAUGGCCUGUAUGCCUCAGAAUGUGCACUAUUUUGUUUCAGAAUCCUGUAUAUUCUUUUACCUUUAACAGGGCAUCCUUUGCCUAAUAUACAAAAGAUAUUUUAAUAAUAGAUGUGAAUUUGUUACAUGAAUAUCAGGAAAAAAUGCUGGUGUGUGAGACUAAUGUUUGAGGGGCACAGAGUUAUGUUUUAGGCAUUUGCUGAUUGAGUUUAACAAACUGUUUUCUUCGGUGUGAUCACUGUGCUGUCCCUAUAUGUUUAUCCCAGCUAGAAUAAGCUGGGGCACUGUUUUAAACUGAUAUUUCAACGUUUAACACUUCUGCUUCAUUUCAAUUUGUUACUUGCUUCAGAAGACAUUGAAAAGCCACUUCAUGCAUAUGAAACACUUUGAGACCCUGAUUUAGCAUGAUUGGUCUCAUAAAGGGAAUUGAGUUCACCAAAGUCCAAACUGAACCUCUUUCUAUUCAACAUGGCUGUUAAUACAUCUGUAUAUGCCAACAUAUUUGUCCUCAGUUGUAAAAUUAUGGAAUUGGGAAGUAUGAAAUUCCUUGAAUUCACGGACUAAAUCUGUUUCAUUGUUUGACAAUUGAUUAUGACAAAAUGCUCUGCUCGGUACUUCACUUGGGUCUUUGAAUGGAAUGAAUAAAAUCAAAACUUGAAUGUGAAACACUACCCCCACAGAGCAGAUGUUCAACCAGCUGCUUCAUUAGUAUACCCCCCCCUCCCCCCAUGCAAUGGGUUUGUUUUCAAAUUUGGUUACCAUAAAUGCCCAGACUGUUUUACCUAGUUCGGUUUAAACCACUGGAUGCACCAAAUGCUUCAUUUGAAUUUAGCCUGGACCUCAUCAUCUUUCAUGGAAGACUGUAUGUACUCUACUGACCUGAAUAAUUGUAAUACACUUCCUUGGGCCCCAACCUUAUGCACAGUAAGGGAGGUAUCUUGUCUGUGUCCUCAAACUUCUAAAUAUGGUGUGGAAUGUUUGACUUGAACCAAAUAUAUUAUGAAAUGAGUCACCUAGCAUUGCAAUCCCUUAAAAAAUCAAAAUGCAAUAAGAAUGCUGGGUAAAAUUGUUCUGUCUAGUUUGACAUUUAGAUAUUAUAGUUUGUGUUGCAUAUGAAACUAGGUUAUAUGGUUAAGCUCAAGCAUGGUUCAUUUAAAGGCAGUUAUAAUUGAAUUUAUCCUCUCACCCGCAAUUUCUGCAUUUCCCCUCGUAACGCAGUCCUUUUAUGUUAUUCUCAUUGUUUUUAUUUUUACUUUUAAGUAUUUAAAAUUAACAAAAUGUUGAGUGUUAAUAUUUUUUCUUGCUUGCGCAAGUCCCUGACUUCCUUGAAAUUUUAAGUCUGUAGUAUAAAAAGAACUAUUUUAAGGCAAAAUAAAUAGAGUGUAUUAUUUAAAGACUAAA